AUGAAGUGGCAGGCGAGCUCCUUUCUGGAGAAUCGUAUUUUCGAUUGUCGCCUUGUGAAGGAUAAUUUGAUCAAUAGUCAAUGGAGUACGUUGGCGACACGACAGCGAUGCAGCUUUAGGGCUUUUCAGGAAACCUACCCAUGGAGUUCAGCUAAUGGUCCAGAUCAGAGGAAUGAAAGUGGAGUCCCUCCUAAGGUGGGCAGCUACUACCAAACCCCACGUCCUCACCCAUGGCGCCCAACAAUGGGAUAUGAAACAAUCGAAUUGGCCCCAAUUGCUGAACAUCCCUUAACAAAUCAACUCGUCCACCCCAACUACAUCCCACAAUCUCUAACCUCUGAACCGCUUUCCUUCCCAAAUCUCAUCACGGGAUAUGAAAAGAAUCCCCAACAUGCAGCACGAUCAGCUCUCUACACACGCUACACCCCAUCUGAGUGGAUAAACUCCUGCAUAACCACCUACGCCGAUGCUGAUGUAAAUCGUCAUCAAUCUGAACGUCUACGCAGUGAAGCUAUUCGUCUCAUGAGGGAGACAGAUGAAAAGACGAGUCAAGGGCAGAGGGAGGCUGGUCGAAGGAUCGGUGAAAGGAUCACCGAUGUCACCUUCUGGCGCAAUGAACUCAACACAGAACUUGAGAAAUUAAUCGCCGAAUCAGCCAUUUUGGCGGAAACGAAGAAAUCCGUUGAGAAGGCCCUUCAAGACACUGAACCACCACUAAAUGUCGCCCAGGAGUGCCUGUACCAUCGCGAGGGGAGAAUUGCCAUUGAGAAGGUGCACGAUCAUGUGGAGAAGAGCCUCUUGGUGGAGAUUGACAACUUGCGCAAUUCACAGGAGAAGCUAAAAGCCCUCCAUGACAAAAUUUGCAAACAACUCUCGGAUUGUCGUGCAGCACAAUUUGCUCUAGAAGAUGAUAUUGCACACAAGGAAUCAACCCUUGGCAUUGACACGGUCUGCCAUCAGCUGAACAAUUCAAGCCGUGGCAUCAACUACUACGGAGGCAUUGAGAAGUACGACCCAACGGUUAGUACGGCUGAAACAUGGUCAUCUGCCAGUAGCCACAGGAUCAAUCGAUCCCAAAUGGAACGUGGCAAAUCUUCGCAACUUCGUAGCGAUGCAGAAGCAAUGAUGAAUGCUGUUGCAACAGCCGUAUGGGAUUGUUGGAGUAACUCCAAUAAUUCCCUCAAUAAGAGAGCUUCGGAGAUGAUGGAGGCAAAGAAUCGUGUCCAGUUGCACCUGCACAAAACACAGCAGGAAAUCUUUGACAUUGAAAAGAAUAUUGAGCUACUCCGGAAGGCCGUGCAGGACAAAGCGAACCCACUAAAAGUUGCUCAGACGCGUCUUGAGGCAAGAAGCCACCGAAAUGGUCUUGAAAUGUGCAAGGACAUGGCUCACGUACGGCUGGUGCAGGAAGUGUGCGAAAUUCAAGAUUCCGUUUCGAAUCUCCAUCGCAAAUUGCAAGAUGCCGAAACGCAGCAUCAGCAGUUGCUGAAGACACGUGCACACCUCGAAAAUGACUUGAAGAACAAAACUAAUGCCUUAUUCAUUGAUCGUGAAAAAUGCAUGGGAAUCCGUCGAUCUUUUCCGGUUCACAACCUUAUAAAGUACUAGUGGAGAUGAGACAAUGACCCAUCAAUCGAUUCUGCACACAAAUAAAAAAAAACCCGCACUCUUAACAAGAUAUAGAAUGCAAAAGAAUGCCGCACCAAGUUUCUUUUUUUCCAAGUUAAAUAAUAAAAAUUCCACCAAACAA